CUGAGCUGGAAGUAGCUGUGAAAUGCAUUAACAAGAAAAACCUUGCAAAAUCUCAAACUCUGCUGGGCAAGGAAAUUAAAAUACUUAAGGAAUUGAAACAUGAAAACAUCGUUGCCUUGUAUGACUUCCAGGAACUGGCAAACUCUGUCUACUUGGUUAUGGAGUACUGUAAUGGUGGUGACCUGGCAGACUAUCUUCACACUAUGCGGACACUGAGUGAAGACACCAUCAGGCUCUUCCUCCAGCAGAUCGCAGGUGCCAUGAAAAUGCUGCACAGCAAAGGCAUCAUCCAUCGGGACCUGAAACCACAGAACAUCCUCCUUUCCUACGCAGGAGGCAGGAAAUCAAAUCCCAACAACAUUCGCAUCAAGAUAGCUGACUUUGGGUUUGCCCGAUACCUGCAGAAUAAUAUGAUGGCAGCAACAUUGUGUGGUUCACCAAUGUACAUGGCACCGGAAGUCAUUAUGUCUCAACACUAUGAUGCCAAAGCUGAUCUCUGGAGUAUAGGAACCAUCAUUUAUCAGUGUUUGACAGGAAAGGCUCCUUUUCAGGCCAGCAGCCCACAGGAUCUUCGUCUCUUCUAUGAGAAAAACAAGAUGCUGAUGCCGAACAUCCCCAGGGAGACAUCAAGCCACCUGAGGCAGCUGCUGCUGGGCCUUUUGCAGCGUAACCAUAAGGACCGCAUGGACUUUGAUGAAUUUUUUCAUCACCCAUUCUUGGAUGCAAGUGCCUCUAUGAAAAAAUCUGCUUCUGUGCCAAUGCCUUCUUAUCCCAGUUCAGGCUCCGGUAGUUCCUCCAGCAGCUCUUCUACUUCCCACCUGGCAUCACCUCCCCAGUCCCUUGGAGAGAUGCAGCAGCAGCUGCAGGAGAAGACGCUGGCAUCUCCUACCCAGGAUUCACCUGGCUUUCUGCAUGGAUCUAAGGACUCUUCUGGAAGCAGCAGUAAGAACUCAUCCUCUUACACAGAGGACUUCGUUAUGGUCCCAGCACAGCUCUCAAGUGAUUUAACUGCAGAGGCUGCAGGAGGGAAGCCAAUCCAAGACAGUCUGAUGUACAGUGGGAGUUCUCUGGUGACUUCAGCAGGCUUGGAAAGCCAGGGAAGGACACCAUCUCCUUCACCCCCAUAUAGCAGUUCUCCUAGCCCAUCCAGCCGGCCUGGUCAGUUCUCAAGCAGCAAGUACGGACACUCUGUGCCCAUCCCAGUCCCAACACAAAUCCAUAACUACCGGCGGAUUGAGCAAAACCUGCAGUCUCCCAACCAAUACACCUCUCCACGGUCUGGUACAGUCCGGAGGUCUAGCAGUACAAGUCCUCUUGGUUUUCCUAAAACUGGUGCUUCCCCUCCUUAUCCUGGAGAGCAUGGCUCUGUGCCCAGCUCCAGAAAACCCUCCUUUGGCGGUGCCAAGCCAUUUAUGCCAUCACCACAAGUUGGAACAAUCCCAGAGCAGCCCAGCCAGACUGUUAUCCCCUCUUCUCUUGGAGCAGAAGUGAGAAGCCGGAUUCCUGUGGCUGGCUCCUCAGUGCCCGAACACUCUCCAAGAGGGAUGGGCUCCCGGCUCCACAGUGCUCCCAACCUGUCAGAUUUGCAUUCCUGCAGGCAGAAGAUAACCAAGCAGCACUCGGAUCCUCUGGUUGCUCACCUUGGGCAUGGCCCAGGCAGCCAGCCCCUGCAGGCUCAUGGCCUGCAGCACUGCCGGCAGCUCAGGUCCUCUCCAAAGCUCUCAGAGUUCAUGCAGAGAAGCCCAUUGCCAACUAUCCUGGGCUCCCCUACAAAGGCUGUAUCCCCAUUUGAGUUUCCCAAAACCCCAAGUUCCCAGAAUCUCCUCGCCCUCUUGGCCCAUCAGGGAGUCAUGAUGACUCCAACACGGAACAAGACCUUGCCAGAUCUGAAGGAGAUGGGUCAUUUCCACUGCCAGCAAACUGGCUUGGGACUGAGGCCUGUGGAAGAAAUCAAGGGCAGAUCUCUGAGCACAGGCAGGCUCACUGACCUGCUUCUGAAGGCAGCCUUUGGGGCACAGAUCUCUGAAGCUGGCAGCAACGACAGCUUGAACAACGAAAAGCCAAUGGAAAUUGCAGCUCCCUCAGGUGCUUGUGGAGGGACCCUGCACUCUGGUGCCCGGGCUGGGGGCUCUUCCAGCCCGUCCCCAGUGAUUUUUACUGUCGGAUCCCCUCCCAGUGGAACAACCCCCCCACAGACCACGAGGACCAGGAUGUUUUCAGUGGGGUCUUCCAGCUCUCUCAGUUCUGGAGGCUCAUUCACCGGCAGGCACUUGGCAGUGGGAGCUGGUGGGGAUGCACUGGAAGGCCCCUCAAGUCUCCGCUACACUUUUGCUGAUCCCAUCACCGCCAACCUGGAAGGUGCUGUUACUUUCGAGGCACCAGAGUUGCCCGAGGAGACCCUCAUGGAGCAAGAGCACACGGACAUCCUGCGCAGCCUGCGCUUCACACUGGCCUUUGUCCACUACGUGAUGGAAAUCGCCGCCCUCAAAGGCAGCUCCAGUGAGAUGAGCAGUUCAGUGACAUCUGAGUACCAGCUCCAGGAGAGCGUGGUGGCUGACCAGAUCAGUCUCCUCAGCAGGGAGUGGAGCUAUGCAGAGCAGCUUGUGCUGUACCUGAAAGUAGCAGAGCUUCUGUCCUCUGGGCUGCAGAUGGCCAUAGAGCAGAUCAAAGCUGGCAAGCUCUGCCUCUCCUCCACUGUCAAGCAAGUUGUGAAGAAGCUGAAUGAACUUUAUAAAUCCAGUGUAUCAUCCUGCCACUGCCUCAACAUGAGACUCCAGAGGUUCUUCUUGGACAAACAGAAGCUCAUGGAUCGGAUCAACAGCAUCACAGCAGAGAAGCUGAUCUUCAGCUACGCUGUGCAGAUGGUGCAAUCUGCAGCCCUGGAUGAGAUGUUCCACCACAGAGAGGACUGUGCACAGAGGUACCACAAGGCUCUGCUGCUGAUGGAGGGGCUCCUGAACAUCAUCACUGAACAGGGGGACAUAGAAAACAUCAGUAAAUGUAAGCUGUGCAUCGAGCGCAGGCUGUCAGCUCUGCUCUCAGGGUUCUGUGCCUGAUGCCAGUGGGGUUGUUCUUCACACACCUCCCCCCCAGCUGAUCACUUUGUUCCCAACAGCCUGCUGCUGUGGUGGGAAACAGUUUUGGCAGUAGGAGACCUGGAGGAUGAACUGCUCAGUGUUUCGUAUUUUGACAUUUUGGGAAGUUGUUCCACGGACUCGGAUGCCUUUGCAGGGAUGUGUGACUGCAACAAGCACAAAUACUUCCCGGCCCGAAGGCCAAGACGAGGUUGAUGUGGAAAGGUUUCCCCCAUUGGCAGAGGGGAUGAAGGAUGGAAGUCUGCUUCUCCCCAGCACUUUGAAGGAUAAGACUGCUGACUGCCCCUCUUGCUUAUGAACAGGGUAUUCCAGUGCUGUGUCCAUUGCAGGCAAUGGAUGUGCUGAAACUGCUGGCUUAGUUCAUGUUGGAGGGUGUCAUUCAGAAAUCAAGGCCAGUUUGUACUUUCCCCCACCCCAGCUGAGAGCCAGGCAUCUUCAAGCUUCCUGGCAACC